AUGUCUGUAACCAUCCAUUUGGACAGGCCACAUGCUCAUUUCACCAAUCUCGACUUCCUAACCGGUAGAGUUGUGCUCCACCUCCCCUCAGAAGCUCCGAUAGGAGGCAUUCAAGUCAAACUGGAGGGAGAAAGCAAAACUCGACUUUCAGGCCCGCGUCAUCCGCAUCUUGAUCAGUCGGAUAAGAAACGGACGGAGCUUGAAGUUCAUAAGAUCUUGUACAAGGUUGAGACACUCUUCCCAACCCCGGCUGUUUUCAACCAGAAAACUCAGAAUACAUCGUACACCUUUGCUUCCGGGACGUACGAGUAUCCCUUCCAAUUCAAAUUCCCUUUCAACAAUGCAUGCAGUUCACACAACAGUAUGCUCACCAACCUGAACUUUACCGGGUUGAAGGUUGAGGUGGCCAAGGAUACAAAUCGACACGUUAAGAAAACCCUGCCUCCUUCUCUGAGUGGCUUUCCAGGCAUGGCAGAGAUUAAAUAUUAUGUGAAAGCAACAGUCAUUCGCCCACAGUUCUACAAGGAAAACCUGAGAGCCAUUACGCCAUUGAAUUUCCUCCCAAUCGAGCCUCCACGAACUGGAAAGCCCAACGAAGAGACGUAUGCCAGACGUCAACAUCAAUUUAGUAAAGCUCCCGAAAAAGUCAGAACCAAGAGUCUAUUCUCCAAAGUCUCGUCCUCAUCGCUCCGGGACGCGGGAGGAGAGGGCCCCCGUGUCUCUGCAGAUGCAAGGCUGCCGAACCCGUCCAUUCUUACUUGUAAUGAACCAAUCCCUCUCAGGUUGCUGGUGAGGAAGGUCUCUGAGUCAUUCGAGACGAUCUUUCUUCAGAUGCUGCAAAUUGAGUUAAUCAGUUAUACCCAAGUCCUCGCCCAUGAUCUUCAGCGCACAGAAGGCGGCAGCUGGGUUCUUCUCAGCCGCAGUAAUAUGUCUAUUCCUCUCGGCAGAGGAGGAGAUCCCGCUGGUACAGAAUGGACCCUUGAUCCCGCCAUGUGGAAUAGCAUACCGUUGCCCAGCUCGGUUGCGCCAUCUUUUGAGACUUGUAAUAUAUCACGAAAUUAUGAACUCGAGGUACGAAUCGGCUUGAGUCACGGAAGUAUCGGAGACAUGAAGCCGCAACUCAUCGUACUUCCCUUGAGAAUGCCAGUCAAAGUGUUCUCUGGGAUAGCUCCUCCGCAAGCACUGCUUGAUGCCAUGGCUGCUACUGGUCAAGCAACCUCAUCUAAACCUGCGCCGAUGAUCGGCCAUCCUAUGGACCAUACAGGCGAGCGUCCACCAGUGCCUCCCCGGCCAACGGGUCCAGUCGUGCCUACAAGUGCAGAGGACGUUUAUGACGAAGCACCCCCCAGCUAUGAGGACGCGAUGGCUGAAACUCUGAGUCCUGUGGAUGGCCCCCGCCGCGAGUAUAACCCACCAGAUGCUUCCUCUUCCAGCAGAGCCAUUGAACCUGGAGCUGAUUCGACAUCGUCAGUAUUUCGGAGAAAGGAACGUGAGGCCACGUCGCCGUACGGCCAUCCUACAGCCAACUCGUCGUCGGAAUCGUUUGACAUGCUUCCUUCAACCCCUCCUGAGUCUCAUUCUGGCUCACCUCCCACAUCUCCGGUUGCCCGCCAGCAGAGUGUGCUCAAGAUACACAAGGCCCUUCCUCCAGACGAGGAAAGUCCACCUCAAUACCAGCCCGUUGCUGAGAGCCCUACAUCAGAGCUGAAGGUGUCCAAGUACCCCACGAUGCGUCUCCACCUCAUCAUUCAGCGUCACGGUCUGCCCGUGACGCGCAUUCUUUGGACGACGUCACCGCCGUCAAUGUACGGUCAAGCGACGACUACCUCCUCCGUAAUUCCUGCUGCCUCUUCCGUUGUUGCGUCGACACGGACGCCGAAUGCGCUAUACUCAAGCGGCGGAUAUACCAUCGCGCAGCUGCUGGAGGAUGUCAAUGAGGUUGUCCCGCUGGAAACGGAGCCGGCGAUUUUCGACAGCGAAUCGAGCGGUCAGUGGGGCUUGGAGGAUUAUGCCGUUGAAGUGGGCGGCUCCGAGUGUCUGCAUUUCAUGGAGGUCGAUGGGCUUCUCAGAGACGGUGAUGAAGUAGUCAUUCGUGCCCUUCAAAUCGCAGAUCUCAGAGCGAGACGGCUCUCCGGCCGCCACCAGAUCUCAACCGACGGCAAACAUCUUAUUGAUGGGGUUCCCUUUGGCCGGCCUUUCCUCAAACGGCAAACGUCCUCCAGACCGGCGAUUGCAAUCCCACCAAGGAAGAAACGGCGCACUAUGCUUGCGACUUGGGACAAUGAUGCGGGCUAUGGUGGUGAUGAGACACAAUGGACUAUUCCUGGGCGAGUAAGCUCAAUGAAGGAGCUUUCCAGACUCAAGGACCAUGACGACGAUGGCAUCCAUGAUGAAUAUACGGAUUAUCAUCAUGACGAUUACGAAGACUACCAUGAGAGUCAAGAGGAAUCCGGGGACGGGACAGUCAUUCGUCAUCCACUCAGUGAGGGUGAAGAUGACGAAGCUUCGGAAAGCGACGGGGACGAUUCAGUCUUCGAGGCCGAAGACUUGGUGGAAGAGCUGGAGGCUCUUGAGAAAGACCGGGAGACCGCUGGCUUCUCUCCGGUGGAAGUGCCAGAUGAAGAGCCCACCGGGUCUGGAGGAUAUCCCCUUCGCGCCAGGGCCAGUAUCCUGCGGACUACUUCCGGGCGCCACGCCGACCAUCAAGCUUGGAUAAAAAGCCCAUCUGAAGCAGGUUCUUCGCGACGAGACUCCAGAGCUGUGCGGUUCAAGGGGGCACAGCGGCAGGCGUCACCUUGUCCCUCUCAGGAUGAGGGCGAUUCUCACUUGAGCAAGGCCGAACAGACUUCAGAGGACUCGCCCUCCAUAUACAAGAGCUUUAGCAGUAGUUCCUCGAGUGACUCCGAUGACAUGACGUCUGACGAGGAAGACUCGUCUUCUUCUGAAACAUCGACUUCUGCUUCGGAGGACUCCUCGUCUGAGUCCGAGGCAGAAGAUGUUGAAUCUGAAGAUGAUGAGUCGUCUUCUGAGUCAGAAGAAUCCACAACAUCCGAAUCGGAGGACGAGUCCCUUUCCUGUCCCGCUUCGGACGGACACCUACAGCCCAAGGUGAACCCUCCAGGCCACGGUUCCCUCAGGACUAAGAAGAGCAAUCAACGCAACAAGUUGCGACGGAGGCUCUCGAAGCUCAAGGAACUUGGCGCUCUGCCUGCCGAAGCCGAUUUUGCGGCCCUCCGAGAAUGGGAAGCGACGAAUGGGGUUUGGUACGAGCCACCUGAGCACAAGCCGAUUGAGAAGCGCCGAACGAACGAAGAGGAACAGGAGGAGUUUGAAGCGAAAAGACAAAAGCUGCUCCAUGAUCUGGCAACCGGCGGAGUAGACGUCGACGCAAUCACGGGGAAAGAGAAUGUGCCCCCAGGGGCGGAGGCGGAGGAGCAUGCCGAGCACAAUGAGGCCGUUGUGGAACCUGCUAACAAGCGACGCACUUUGGAUGUCGCAAGCUCCAGACGAUUGCUUUUUGGAUCUUUAGGAGUGCGAGCUCCACGGUCCAAGGAAGAUGAAGAAGCCACUCGGAAGAAACUCGCAGGAAAAGUCAACAACUUCCGUGCCAGGAGAUCAGAAGAGCAAGUUCCCGCUGAGGAAAGCGAUAGUGAAGCGGAAGUAAACUGGCAGGACAAGCUAGUCCUCAAAGCUACUGAAUGCGUCUUCGAUGACAUUGAGCUUUCUGCACCUUCUUUCCCGUUUGAACAGCGCUGGGAUGCCGAGGCUCAUCAAAUCAUACAGAAGCGCAAGGGUUGGGGGCGCAAGAGGAAGAGAAGACAGCAACUGCAGGUUUAUGAGGCAGACGAGCACGAAGAUUACGCGGAGGACAAUAAUGAAUACUAUGCCGAUGAGGAUAUGCAGCUCAAUUACGAUGAUCCAGACCAGCAGCUGAGCAACGAGCUCACGAAUGGAGUUGAGUCAGCGGUUGAAGAGCCAUCAGAAAACACACAGGACGACCUCCCUCCUCUACCAGCGGAUCUGAGCUCCGUCCGGGAUCUGACCGAAGGUGAUUUGAAGCAAGGAUCAGUGAUCGCUUUCAAACAGCUUGUUUUGUCCAAGGAGACGAACUGGCAACCUACUGUGUCCGAUUAUCUUGUGGCGAGGAUAGACGACGUCUUCGAAGACAACGUACUCAAGCUGCAGCUUGCCAAGCGUGAUCGGCGACAAGUCGAGCAACCCGACGAUGAUGACGAAGGAGACGGCACUCGAGGAUAUGACAAAUUCGAAAUGCCCGGCAUGGACGAUGAUCAAGCGGAAGACGACGGUUUCCGAGAGAUAUCAUUCGCCGAUCUGUUUGAUGCGAAGCUCGUUCAAGCUGCGGAUGUGGCGGACGUUGGGGAUGCCGACAAAGUCAGCAACUCCGCAGUUGAGGGCUCCUUUCUUCAGAACCCCAAGACCACCGGCGAGGAUGAAACGAUGCGUGGGGUCGAGGCAGUCAAUGAUAAUAGGAACUCUCCCCAACCGUCUGUCAGUUCACACGCUCAUGAGGAUCUCGAUACGCCUGCAGAUGAAACCGUUGAGGCAGUUGGUCAUCCCGCAGAAGGGACCGGAGCUCGUAGUCCAGAAGAAACCGCCAGCCCUGUUAUACAAUCACCACAAUUCGUUGGAUUUCACUCUCCUCUGGCUGAGACGCAACCAUCGCUCCUGGAGCCGAGCUCUGAGCAGGAGACUCGCGAAGUCAACUCUGCUGCUCCUCAGAACGCAGAUGGGGGCGAUGAUAGUGGAGAGCAAUCCAAUUCCCUUCCACAACCCACAGAAGCACCCUCAACCCCGCGGUCUACUGUUCCUCCCAACGCCUUCAAGGACGCUCCUCCAGUGAUGGGUUCGGACGACGACAUGCAAUUGCUCAGCAGCCCGGAAAAUUUCAUUAAUUUCAACCGUUUACUUGAACAGCUCUUCCAGGGUAAGCGGCCGACUCCGGGCUCUCCAGUUCCGAAGAAAGAGCCAGGCGAGAGUCCGAAGAUGCCACGGUCGCGGGCAUCAUCGUCUUCUAGUUCUCUCGUGCGCAACCCGUUUUACGAAGUCGACAAGGCCCAUGAAGAGCGCCUGCGACGAGGAUCGGAGAAAGCCAAGGGCGAUACUGUGACAGAGGAAGAUGAAUCAGCAGUGGACUCUGCGCCGCCAACGUCGCAGCUAUCCACUCCCAUAUCCCUCAAGACUCCUACGAGCGCGCAGCCGCAGAGGUCUCCUACAGCUCAGGACCAAUCCCUCGUGAGUUCAAUCGAAGAAAGCAACUGGCUGACCCGGCACGACGAGGCGUUUGGCGCUCAGCCUCCCAUAGCUUCGCAGCUCUCGAACAUAGUCGAUCUGACUCAAUCCAGUCCACCCGCUUCGCCUGGCGGAAGCGACGAGGACUUUGCCAACUCACAUCGACUGCCGCGGGGCCCUGGGUGGGUGCAGAAGAAUGUUCCGAGUACCCAGAGACGCACCAGGCUUUCUUCGGCCGGAGCCAGAUCCAGACACUGA